UUUCAGUACCAAAAGCGGUAACCCCGAGCUACACUCAGGCUUACAUGCAGCGCUGCAUAGGGAGUCCCUGCAGAGCUUACCUUGUCCUUCGCUCCCACGAUGUGUCCCCUGCAGCGUCCCCGGUCAUCUCCUCCGGCCGAUGCCGGCAUCUGGCUUCCGUGUUCCGGUCCCUGCGACAUCGGGUUGUACGGGCGCCGGAACUGGCGGCAAAUUUGAAAAUUUAAAAAAAAUGACUUUUUUUAAAACGAUUAUUUUGUCCCGAGUGCUUUGUCCGGCGCCCUGCCUGCAUUUUUACUGUUCUUUCUG